AAGAGGUCAGGAAUAGAGGGGGCACAUCAGCUGAAUUAUCGCAAAUGAGCGAGCGAGAGACAAGCCACGUGAUCAAUCCACCGGAAGUAAGCAAACACCUCUCAAAAUGUCGGCGCCCAGAGAAGACACGCUUCCGAACGAAGAUGGAGAGAUGGAAGAAAUGGAAGGGGGUGGCAGCGACGAAGACGAAAUGGAAGAAGAGGGAAAGGAUGGAGAACAGGAAACUCAAGUUUAUGUCCCCGGAAAACAGCCUCUCCAACCCGGAGAGGAGCUCGAGAUGGACCGGUCGGCUUACCGCAUGUACCACGAGUGUCAGACAGGUGCUCCUUGCCUGAGCUUCGACGUGUUGAGAGAUGCGAAUGGAGACGGCAGGGAACAGUAUCCCCUCUCUAUGCUGCUCUGUGCAGGCACACAGGCUGACGCUGCCCUCAGCAACAGACUGCUUCUCAUACGCAUGCACAACCUCCACGGUACUACAGAGAAAGUGAAGGAGGGGGACGAGAGCAGUGAUGGAGAGAGUGAUGAAGAGGAUGAUGAUGAAGAUAAGAAGCCACAGAUGGAGUUGGCCAUGAUGCCUCACUAUGGAGGGAUCAACAGAGUCCGAGUGACUCAUCGUGGAGAUCAGUCAUUGGCUGCUGUCUGGUCAGAGAAAGGUCAGGUGGAGAUAUUUGACCUCCGAUCCCAGAUGGAAGCCGUCCACAGUUCAGCUGCCAUGUCAACCUUUGUUAAACAGCAGAAGGAAUCCACGCCCCUCUUCAGUUUCUCGGGUCACAUGAGUGAGGGCUUUGCCAUUGAUUGGUCGCCCAAAGUACCCGGUCGGCUGGUCAGUGGCGACUGCAAAAAGAACAUCCAUGUGUGGGAACCACAGGAGGGAGGGACUUCCUGGCAGAUCGACCAACGGCCUUUCAGUUCUCACACCAAGUCUGUGGAGGACCUGCAGUGGUCACCCACAGAAGCCACGGUUUUUGCUUCCUGCUCUGUGGAUCAGUCCAUCCGGGUCUGGGACACCAGAGCCCCGCCCAACUCCAUGCUCUGUGCCAAGGAGGCACACUCCUCAGACGUCAACGUCAUCAGUUGGAACAGGACUGAACCGUUCCUCCUGUCUGGCGGGGACGACGGACUUCUGAAAGUUUGGGACUUGAGGCAGUUCCAGUCGGGCCGGCCGGUGGCUAACUUCAAGCAGCACAGCGCGCCAGUGACAUCGGUAGAAUGGAACCCUGUGGACUCCAGCGUGUUCGCCGCCUCUGGAGCGGACGACGUGGUCAGCCAAUGGGACCUAUCGGUAGAGUCAUGUGAUGUGGGUGCAAGGGAGGAGGGGGUGAAGGACCUGCCCCCCCAGCUGCUGUUCCUGCACCAGGGUCAGACAGAGGUCAAGGAAAUCCACUGGCACCCGCAGAUACCUGGAGUGAUGGUCUCUACUGCUCUGUCAGGCUUCAACGUGUUCAGGACCAUCUCUGUAUAGUUGUGUGUGUGUGUGUGUGUGUGUGUGUGUGUGAGAGAGAGAGAGGGUCUAAGUGUGUGUGCCUGUGUUUUUUUAUUUCUCAGUCCCCUCACUGCUCUGUUGGCAUGCAUUUACCAUGUACUGUGCAUGUAUGUUAUUCCUUCUGGCCUUCACAAGUAGCAUGUGUACCAACAUGUUCAAAGUAAAACACUUUACCAAAUUACUGUUUUGGUGUAUAUUUUUUCUCAACCCAACAAAAUGCCUGUUGGUUGACAUGAAGGAAUGAGAUCAUGAGUUAGUCAUUUCCAUUGAUGUACACCCCCCCAUUUCUAGAGUGAUGCUAAUAUUACAUUUUGCUUUUAGAUCAAA